AUGACAGUUCUAUACGAACGUUAUUGGGGUCGUUGUUUUAAUUGCGGGGCAAUCAAUAGAAAAACAAACGUCCAAUGUGUACGCUGUAAAGGCGUACCACCAUCCGAUGGGCAAAGCGUCUAUCCCGAGAGAUCCCAACGCUCAGUCAGGCCUCCGGCACUUCUCGUACCAAAUCUGCCCCCACCAAUGUCAAACAGACAGCAGCCCUCGUACAGGGAGCCCUCAUACGGGCCCUCUUACCACAGGCCAUCACCGUACAGAUCCCAACGUGCAGGACCAUUUCCGAAUUCUAUGUUUCCACCAUCCAGACCAGCUUCAGCGAGUGGACUCGGACCUACAUACGUCAACUGCCCCCAAUGCGGAAUCAAAAACGCUGCAGUCAACCUUGAGUGUUUCAACUGCCAUGCACUUCGUGCAGACACGAAAAAAUAUGUGUGUCACUGGUGCAAGACCGAAACACUUUCGCGUGAUGGACUCCAAGCUAGGUGCAAGAAUCAAUCGUGCCGACAUCCGGUUGCCCGUGGUGAGUGA